AUGUUUGUAUGUCCGGGAGGAUAUUUGUUGUCGCCGCCUUCUUGGCCUAGAAAAAAAGACCUGUCAGUACUAUGGGUACGCGUAGAUCAGGGUGAGUACACCGGUAUCUACGCAUGCCUAUACAGGUCUCAUAGCGGUGACGAGGACACGACUCGUCUGUUUGAGCACCUUCAAAUCACGUCUGAUAAAGUUCUCGAGCAAUAUCCCUCCGCGAAUUUAGUGAUACUUGGAGACUUUAAUGCCCAUCACACCGAGUGGCUCCGUUCUCGAAUCACUGACCAUGCGGGGAGAACUGCUCACGAGUUUGCCCUGGCCUAUGGAUUCUCACAACUGGUUCAUUCUCCAACGAGAAUACCAGAUAUCGAGACCCAUACGAGCUCCUUACUGGACCUUCUGCUGACUACAGGUCCGGACGAAUAUUCAGUCACCGUGGAAGCGCCUCUUGGUUCUUCGGAUCACUGUCUUAUUCGAUCCCAAGUACAGUGCACACAACCUGCCACACACCGAACACCUGGUCGACGUCGCAUGUGGCAUUAUAAGUCAGCAGAUUGGGACAGAUUGCGAGAAUUUUACGCGUCGUACCCAUGGAAGCAGCACUGCUUUGCAUCAGAAGACGUCGAUACCUGUACAGCCGCCGUUACUGAAGUCAUACUUGCGGGUAUGGAAUGUUUCAUUCCAAAUCUGCUUGUUGCUUCAGGGGCGAAAAAGCGACCGUGGUUUAAUAGGUCAUGCAGAGAAGCCAGACAGGCUAAAGAAACUGCUUAUCAGGCUUGGACCACGGCUCGUUCCAACAGGGAUGUUGGCGUAUCUGAUGCGAGGCGGAAUUUAAAUGCUGCGUCCAGGUUUAGUAAAAGAGUAAUUGCUAGAGCCAAAUUCGACUUCGUCAGCAAAAUUGGGGAGCGAUUAGCCCGUCAUCCUUCUGGAAGUCGAGCCUUUUGGUCCCUUGCUAAGGCUGCCGAAGGUAAUUUUAGUCAGUCGUCCUUACCACCACUACGGAAGCCGGAUGAUAACUUGGCACAUAGUGCAAAAGAGAAGGCCGAUUUGUUGUGCGCUCUUUUUGCCUCAAAUUGGACUUUGGACGCCGGGGACACCAUAACUACUACCAUCCCAUGGUGUGGUAACUCUAUGCCGGAAAUAUCCGUAACACAACGGAGUGUCCGGCGAGAGUUGCUGUCUCUCGACGUCAACAAGUCGAACGGGCCAGACGGCAUACCGGCUUUGGUGCUAAAGAAGUGUGCUCCUGAGUUGUGUCCCGUACUCACGCGCCUCUUCGCGCUUUCAUACUCCUCUGGGCAAUUUCCGUCGUCAUGGAAGACCACCCUUGUGCACCCUGUGCCAAAAAAAUCGAGAGUACUCUCACCAGAGUCUCCGAUUGGGGGCGAUUGA